AUGGAGGAGGUGGCACAAGAGCUAGAAAAGUAUAAGAUCAGCAUUGGAGCGGUGCAAGAAGUAAGGUGGAAAGAUAAGGAUAAUGAAGAAGGUAUUGUGGAUGAUUUCUACACAGAACUUGAGAGAGUUUGUGAUAAAAUACCUAGGCAUGAUAUGAAAGUGGUUUUAGGUGAUUUCAAUGCAAAAAUAGGAAAAGAGGAGCAGAACAACAUGGUAGCAGGAAAGUGUGGUCUGCAUGAAGAAACUAGCUUGAAUGGAGAAAGAGUAUGCAUGUUUGCUGAAGCUCAGAGGCUGAUUGUAAGUAGUAAUUGCUUUCCUCACAAAAAGAUUCAUCUGGGGACAUGGAAAAUGCCUGGGAGGGAUAGCUGCAAUCAAAUUGACCAUGUUUUAACUUCAAAGAGAUGGGCUACUUCUAUAAUGGAUAUAAAAACAUGCAGAGGAGCUAAUUGUGAUAGUGAUCACUAUUUGGUGAGAGGAGUUCUCAGACAUCGUAUAGCGAAUACUGUCAAAGCAAGGAAGACAAGAGUAGAAAAGUGGGACGUGGAAAAAUUAGCGGAUGUAAAUGUGAGGCAACAAUUUCAGGAAGAACUGGGUGAUAGACUAACAGGACUUACGACUGAUUUAUCAAUUGAAGAGCAUUGGAAUUACCUGCGAGAAGCAAUGAAGGGCACAGCUGAACUGGUACUAGGUAAAAGGAAAUUUGAAAGAAAUGAGGACUGGUUUGACGAAGAAUGCAGAAAUGCAUUGGACACUAAGAAUCAGGCUAGGAAAAAGCUUUUGCAAGUUGGAACCAGAGCAAAUGUGGAGAAUUACAGAAGAGAAAGAACAUUAGCAAACAGACUUAUGAGGAGGAAAAAAAGAGAAGCAGCAAACAGUAAAAAUAGAAAAAUUAGAGAGAAACUACCAGCAGAAAGAAUGCAGGAAAUUUUACAAGAAUAUGAGAAAUAUUACGGAUGCAUACCAGGCAAAAUCACAAGUACAUCUUGA